AUGACGGCGGAAGCACCGUCCGCCAGCGCAGCGACGGGCGCACAGGCAGCGCUGCAGCACUUCUGGCUCCUCUCCGACGCGGACGUCUCCAAACGCAUCAGCGCGGCCGAAGGCCUCAUCGCGGACAUCCUCGCGGACCAGGACGCCCACGAUGCCGGCGAGUCCUCCAAGCCCGCCCCGGCGCAGUCCGACCUGCCCGGCUGCAGCACCCUCGCAGCCUACUGCCUACGUCGCCUCGCGCGCGGGCUGCCGUCCAGCAACGGCGCGGCGCGCCAGGGCUUCGCGCUGGCCUUCUCGGGCGCGCUCGAGCGCCUCGCCGCGCGCGGCGCCGUCGCGCCCGACCACGCCGUCGCGCUGGUAGAAGCCACACUCCCCCCCUCCACCCUACGCGGCUCCGAGGGCCGCGACGCGCUCCUCGGCCGCCUCUUCGCCCUCGCCGCGCUCUCCCGCGCCGGCAUCGCCACCGCGGACCCCGCGCGCGCCGCCGCCACCGCCGCCGCCCUCCUCCGCGUCGGCGCCGGCCGCAGCUUCCUCCUCGAGCCCGCUUGCGUCGCGGUGAUCGACCUCAUCAACGCGCUGCCGCCGGCGGACGCCCGCGCCGCGUGCGCGGCGUGCGAGCCGCUCAAGGAGCUCCUGUCGGGCCCGGCGGACGCGGCGAGCCCGGAGGCACUGCUCGUGGCGAUCAGCUUGUGGGAUGUGCUGGGGGGGGUGUCGUGCGCGCUGCUGCCGGAGGGGGCGGAGGGGGAGGGCGUGGCGGCGUACUUGGCGGCGCCGGGGACGGCGCCGCACCCGCGGGCGGCGGCGGCGGCGUUCUUCGCCCCCGCGCACCUGCGGAGCGUCGCGCCCGCGCUCGGGCGCACGACGGGGUGCGCGCCGCGGAUGCACAGCGUGUGGCCGGUGCUCGUGUCGCUGCUGGUGCCCGGGUUCCGUCCGCGGCGCCUCGGCGCCGCCUCCGCGCCGCAGUCAUCGACGGGGGGGGUGUUGGCCGCGGAGCUGCGUCAGUUCUGGUCCGCGGUCGUCGAGGGGGAGCUGAUGCCGGCGCCGUCGCACGAGAAGAAGGCGCUCGGGCUGCAGCUGCUGCAGCUGCUGAUGCCGCACGCCGGCACGGAGUGUGCGCCGACGUUGCUGUCGCACCAAGUGGUUCACUGCAUUGUCACGAACUCGCAGCACCCGGACAGCCACCUGCACGCGGCGAGCAAGAAGGCGGUGGAGCGGCUGGCGCGCGUCGCGGAGCGGUCGGAGGACGCGAGCCUGCGCGCGGCGGUCGCCGUGGCGCUCAAGUCGUACGGCCGCGUCGGCUUCGACCGCCUCACGAAGACCCAGACCUCCGAAGCCAUCCUCGGCUCACUCGAGGAUUCCCAACUCGCGUCCUACGUCACCUCCCUCGAGUCCAAGCUCGCCGACGCCAUCGCGGCCCCCCGCCCCGACGCCGGCGACACCGACGCGCGCCCCGACCCCGCCGCCGGCUGCGCCUGGGCCGCCGAGCAGCUCCUCGGCGCGAUUCGCACCCCGGGGGCCUCGCCCGCGGUCAAGUCGCACGCGCUGCGUGCGCUGGCGACCGCGGCCUUCCUUGCGGGCGGGAAGUCCGCGGACGCGCGGAGGAAGAAGGCGUUCGCGGAGACGCUCGCGUCGUCGCCGAGCCAGGACGACCACGACCUCGCCGCCGCCAGCACCGCGCUGUCAGACCUGGCAAGCCUUCUGCAGCUCUACCUCCUCGCCAGCCCGGAGCUAAUAGACCCCUCCGUCUCCGAGGACAUGCUCGGCAUCGCCCGGGCCAUCGCGGGCGGCGCCCGCGGCGCAUCCCUCUCGAAGAAGCCCCCCGUCCAGAAGAAGCGGAAGUCGAAGAAGAAGGAGGGGGGGAGUGAUGAUGAUGAUGUCAGGGACGACGCAGACGAGGAUGGCGGGGAGCCGGCGUGGAUGGACGUGGUGGUCGACGUGAGCAUGGACCUGCUGUCGCGGCCGACGGCGCCGCUGCCGUCGGCCCCGCUGCGGACGGCGGUGGGGGUGGUGUUCCGCCACGCCGGGGCGCACCUGACGCCAGUCGGGCUGGAGGACAUGCUGCGGGUGCUGCUGGAGCCGCUGGCGGGCGGGGGCGGGGACGACGAGGGCGACGUGAUGGAGGUCGACAGCGAGGAGGAGGGGGGGAGCGACGUGGAGGAGGGGGGGAGUGCCGUGGAGGAGGCUGAGAGCGAGGCGGGCAGCGAGGGGGGGAGUGACGGGGAGGAGAGCGCGGACCCGGGGAUGAGCGAGGACGAGGACGACGCGGGGAUGUUCCGCAUGGACAAGCACCUCGGCGAGAUGCUGCGAGCGAACAAGGAGCGCAAGUCCUCGGAACGCACGGCCAAGCAGACGCGGCUCAACCUCAAGCUGCGCGUGGUGGCCCUGUUGGAGGAGGUGCUGCGGCGCCACCCGGGGUCGCCGCAGGCCUGCCGCGCCGUCGUGCCGACGCUGCGCGCGCUCAAGAUGGCCGCGGGGCCCGGCGGGGACGCGCAGCUCGCGCAGCGGAUCCAGUCGUUCCUCAUCACGACGCUGUGCAAGUGCAAGGCGCGGUCUGGCGCGUCCGUGCCCCUCGAGGAGCUCGCCGCGGCGCUCCGCAAGGCCCUGGGCAUGGCGGCACGGUCGGCGCCGACGCCCGCAGCAACGAAGCUCGUGCACCCGGCCGCGCUCGCCGCCGUCGCGUUCCUCCUCCACGCCCUCCUGUACGACCGCGGCGGCGAGGGCCCGCGUCCCGGCGCGCUCGACGCCGCCAGCGAGGUCGUCGCCACCGCAUGCUCCGGCAUGCUGCAGCGCCGUCGUUCGAAGAUCCUCCCGCGAUUCUUCGCGGACGCGCUGCAGCGCCACCCCGAGCUCGCGCCUGCGCUCGUAGCUGCGGCGGCCGCGGGGUGCGGCACGGGCCGCAACGAGACGCGGCGCGUGGACGCAGCGGAGGUGCUAGCUGCAGCGAUGAGCGUCAACCCGAAGCUCCACGCCAAGGCCGUGGGCGCCGCGCUGCGGCCGCAGCUAGCGCACGUGGCGGCGGCGGUCGAGGCCUGCGCGGCGGGGGAGGGCUGGGCGAGCAGCAAGCGGCGCGCUGCGAUGGCGACGCAGCUCGCGCGGUGCGUGGAGCUGCUGGUGCGAGUGUACGGCCGGGACGGGGUGCAGCUGGAGGAGGGGCGCGGCGCGGAGGUCGGCGCUGCGGCGGCGCGGGGAGCUGCGGAGGAGGGGGCGUCGCAGAGGCUGGUGCAGGCCCUGCGGAAGAUUGCGGGGGUGUUUGGCGCGCCGGUGGUGGCGGGCCCGCGGAGGGGCAAGGGGGGGGGUGAGGGCGAGAAGGGGAGGGCGGGGAAGAAGAGGAAGGCGGGGGGGGACGGCGGGGAGGGGUCCGCGAGGAAGAAGAAGAAGAAGGAGGAGAAGAAGAGAAGGGAAAAGAGGUCUUCGAAGCAGGAGCAGGUGCAGGUCUUGAUCGAGGACCCGCUGAACCCCGCGCUGGGCAAGGUGCCGGAGCCGACGAUGGGCAAGAAGGCCAAGAAGGCGAAGAAGCAGUGA